GACAGGGACUUCGGCUAUCGCCCCAAUCUACAUGGUUCCAGAGGGACUGCGAAAAUUAAGGCAAAAGAGAGGCGGAGAUCAGAGAGAUCGAGAGAGAAGAAGAAGAGAAAGGAGGAAGCAGCCGGUGAAAAUGGAGGCGGUGGUGUAUGCGCUGUCGCCGUUCCAGCAGAAGAUAAUGACGGGGCUGUGGGAGGAUCUGCCCAACAAGAUUCACCACAAUAUCUCCGAGAACUGGAUCAGCGCCACCGUUCUCGCCCCUCUCGUCGGCACCUACACGGUACUAAUUGAAAACGAAAGGGAACUCCAAGCAACUUCGCAAGUAAUGGGAAUACGGCACCAAUCGGAACUUCCCAAAAGAGGAAAAAGGUCCACAGAAGAAAGUCUCUCACGGCUAAGGUGAUGGAGUGGUUGACAACUUGGUAUUCAAAAACAAACGAAAAGAAACGGAGAAAAAAAGGAGGGCAUGCCGAUGAGUAGCCGUUUGAGACUGCAAAAAGGCAACGGCCGAUUGACUUUUUUUAGGAGUGGAAUGAUUAGGGGAUUGCUUUUGGAGGGGGAAGAUGAAUAUAUUCAAAUUGCCUGUGGACGCAUUA